CCGGGGCUGGCGCUGCACACACCCUACCCUGGGAUCCUGAACCAUCGCACAGCCCUGUAGAGCUUUCCAACGACCACAGAGAGGAGCACACGGCGCAUAAGGAGAAAUACAAACCAGGCACAGCAAUGGAGAACUUGAAUGUCCUAUUCCCAGAUCUUACUGAAGAACAGCAAGACGUUUUCCAGAGGGUUUUUACUGCUGAUGCCAGUUACUUGGAGAACCAUGAGAAAAUGAACCAGUCCUUCUGGGAAUCACUUGUAAAAUGUUUAGCCACCACUGACCCACCUAUCCUGAAUACUGAAGAAAAGAACCAUCUCCUCAACAGCUGCAAUGUCCUGCCUGGAGGCUGUGCAGCCUGCCUGAAAGCCAUAGAGAAGAAAGGAGUCAGGGCAAUGGCUGUUCUUUACCUCUUGCUGAAGACCACCAACCCACCUGAAUAUGGGCAGCUGCCCAGCUCCAAGGGAAAGGAUGAAAAACUGAAACUCCUGAAGAGACUGGAAAGGAAUCUCCUGCUUUCACAAGAGGAAAAAAAGGCUGAAAACUCAUCCCUUGAGUCCAUGGAUGAAGAUACACAAGACAGUGAUGAGGAAGAUUUAGGAAGACGGAAGACUGAAGGCCAAUUACUUGGAGGCAUAUCAGCAGAGGUGGUUCCCUACAGAGAUUCAGAGAUUGCCAGAAGAGAAGAUUCAAUUGCAGAUGCAUAUGACAACGAGAACACUCGCCUCCAUCAGGGGACAGUACGGUGGAUGGGCAUACGGAAGGAUGAUGAAUUCUUUCAUUUUGUCAUUCUUUGCUUUGCAAUUGGAGCUUUACUAAUUUGCUACUACUACUACAAAGAUUGGACUAUUUCUCUUGGAAUUGGUUUAAUCACCUUUGCUUCCCUGGAAACCACUGGGAUAUACUUUGGUCUAGUGUAUCGAAUUCGGAGCGUACUUGACAGUUUUGUUCCUCUGAUUGAGAAAUUCAGGCCAACAGGUAUGAGGAAAGCUGCCUAGGAGGAGUCUUUCAGGAGCGUUCCACACCAUCCCGCUGUCUGGAUUGCUAGUAUUAAAAGAAUUGCUUUACGAGGCAAACAAAAACCUAAUGGCUAAUGUGAAAUACUGAAAUGUUAAACCAUAGAAAGACAUCGUUCCCUCCCCUCAAAAAUAAAGCUGAAACUGU